AAUCACUCUGAGCCACAUCCUCUCUGAGUCUCUGUCUCUCUCUCUAUAAAACCCCACCAUUACUAGGCUUUUCCUUCCCCUGCAGGGUAUCUUCUUCAUCACUCUGCUUCCUCCUCCUCCUCCCUUUGACAACUAGAGAGAGAGAGAAAGAGAGAGAGAGAGAGAGGGAAUAGGAUGGAGGGGAAGGAGGAGGAUGUGAGCUUGGGGGCGAACAAGUUCUCGGAGAGGCAGCCCAUAGGGACUGCUGCGCAGAGCCAAGAUAGCAAGGACUACAAGGAGCCACCCGCGGCUCCUCUGUUCGAGCCAGGGGAGCUCAAAUCAUGGUCCUUCUACAGGGCAGGGAUAGCCGAGUUCAUGGCCACUUUCCUCUUCCUCUACGUCUCCAUCCUCACCGUGAUGGGCGUCGUCAAGUCCCCCAGCAAGUGCUCCACCGUGGGUGUCCAGGGGAUUGCUUGGGCCUUUGGGGGCAUGAUCUUUGCCCUUGUCUACUGCACUGCUGGGAUCUCUGGUGGGCACAUCAACCCAGCAGUGACAUUUGGGCUGCUGCUGGCGAGGAAGCUGUCCCUGACGAGGGCCAUCUUCUACAUAGUGAUGCAGUGUUUGGGAGCCAUUUGUGGAGCUGGAGUGGUGAAGGGGUUCCAAAAGGGGCUCUACAUGGGCAAUGGAGGAGGGGCCAAUGUUGUGGCCCCUGGUUACACCAAGGGCGAUGGGCUUGGCGCUGAGAUCAUUGGCACCUUUGUCCUCGUCUACACUGUCUUCUCUGCCACUGAUGCCAAGAGGAAUGCCAGAGACUCUCAUGUCCCUAUCCUUGCACCUCUGCCCAUUGGCUUUGCUGUCUUCCUGGUCCACCUGGCCACCAUCCCCAUCACUGGCACUGGCAUCAACCCUGCUAGGAGCCUUGGAGCUGCCAUCAUCUACAACAGGGAACAUGCUUGGGAUGACCAUUGGAUCUUCUGGGUGGGGCCCUUCAUUGGAGCAGCACUAGCUGCCAUCUACCACCAGGUGGUGAUCAGAGCCAUCCCAUUCAAGAGCAGGGCUUGAGAUUAAGAUGCCUCUUUAUUAUGAGAUUCCCUUCACCAGAAACCUUGUGGCUUGCUUGCUUCCAUUCCUCACCACCUGUCUUGUAGUGAACCCUCCUUUCCCUUUUAGUCUAUUAUUAUUAUUAUUAUUAUUGUGGCUCCAUUUAAUAUUCUCCUCUGUUCUCCUGCUCAUUCCAGGGCUCUUGUUGCUUGUUUAAGUGUGUAAAUUAAGUAAUCCUGUACUUGCAUUAUGUUUUUGCUGGUUCUUCAUGAGGAUGCCUUUUUAUUUUCCUGGUU